AUGGGGUCAGUAACGAAGUCAAACGUUCUUGUUGUCGGGUUUGGCGGAAUUGGAACCAUCACCGCAUAUAAUCUCGAGGCUGGUGGUCACGCAAGUGUGACUGGUGUCUUACGGUCAAACUACGAGCUCGUAAAAGAGCUCCCUAAUGUCCGAGAAGAAGGAAUCGCUCCAUUCGAUUUUAUUGUGGUCUGCACCAAGAAUAUUCCCGACGUCCCACCCACAGUAGCUGAGAUCAUCGAGCCUGCUGUUACCCCAGGUCACACAGCCAUUGUCCUGGUACAGAACGGCCUGAACAUUGAAAAGCCCCUCAUCUCCGCCUUUCCCUCCAACAUUGUUAUUUCAGGCAUUUCGCGCAUGAGUUCUGCUGAGCUCAGUCCGGGCCAGAUCUUCCACCAAGACCAUGACAUUCUCAUCAUUGGAGCAUUCAGAAACCCCAACCUAGAGCUGGAGAAAGAGUUGGCGGCAGCAAAAGAAUUCUCUGAUCUAUACAAUGCAAGCGGACGAGCCACAGGAGAGUAUUAUGAAGAUGUGGCGUUCAUGCGAUGGCGCAAGUUGGUUUACAACGCCGCUUACAACUCACUUUGCGCAAUCACCGGGAUGGACACUUCUAGGCUCAGAUUAGCAGAGUCGCCCGUGUCGGAACUUCUACUGCCCGUCAUGAUGGAGAUCAAAAGCAUUGCGAGAGCUGCUGGAGUGAAAUUGGCACCAGAUCAAGAGGAUGCAUCUCUGAAUGGCGAUGCCAUCGAUGCGUACUUCCGUCCCAGCAUGCAGCAGGAUAUUGAAAAGGGCAACUUCAUGGAGCUUGAAAACAUUGUCGGAGAGCCACUUCGGGAGGCGCACCGCCUAGGCGUUCCGGCACCCACCUUAGGCUUUGUGUACUCGCUAUUGAAGGCAUUGCAGAUCAAGACGAAGAUACGAAAGGGCAUGAUUGAGUUGCCACCAAUGAAGGACUAUGGCGCUGGAGAAAUGUUGGCGAAAUUCAAGGCUUCAGCAUGA